GCCGUGACCAUGAAGAGGAACAAAGUCAAAACGGCCAGUGUUGCUGAGAAGGAGUUUGUGUUUGAGUUCAGGGCAGGAACACACAACUGUGUCCUCAAGGUGCCGCUGAGUUUUCCCGUACAAGAGAACAUCAGCGACCUCCACGGACGCCUGAUGCUGCUACACAAAAUCCCCUGCUACAUAGAAACCGAGCUGAAAACUUCCCUCUCCAGCUUCAUCGAGAGCGAGACCAUCCUGGACUACGACAGGGAGGCGGAGCUGGCCCUGCAGAGACUCACCACAGGGGAAGUGGAUGUAAACCAGCUCACUAAUGCAUGGACCAAGUCUUACAUGGAGACGACACUGGAACACGCUCGGCCCGAAGAGCCCAGUUGGGACGAGGACUUUGCCGAUGUGUACCACGAGCUCAUCCACUCCCCCGCCUCAGAUACUCUACUCAACUUGGAGCACAACUACUUUGUGAGCAUCUCCGAGCUCAUCAGUGAGAGAGACAUGGAGCUUAAAAAGCUCCAGGAGAGGCAAGCAGCUGAAAUGGACAAGGUGAUGCACGAGCUGGGGAAUACUUUGAGCGACCAGGAUGUGAAUGCAGUGGCGUCUCAGCAUUUUGACGCACAGCAGGUGCUGGAGAACAAGUGGGCGAGUGAGCUGAGACAAGUUACUGAGAUUCAGAAGCAGGAGUAUCAGGGCUGGGUGAUCAAGCUGCACCAGGAUUUACAGAAAUCCAAAGACAGCAGCAUAAUAAAUGAGGAGCUCAAGAUGCAGCCGAACCAAAUGUCAGAGGUCGCAGAUUCUGGCUCGAGGAUGUUUGAGGAGCAGUCUCAGCUGGAGGAAAGCUUCACCAUACACCUGGGAGCACAAUUGAAGACGAUGCACAACCUGCGGCUGGUCCGGGCGGACGUGCUGGAUUUCUGCAAACACCGGCACCACGGCAGCAGUGGAGCCAAGCUGCGGCGUCUGCAGACGGCUCUUUCCCUGUACUCCUCUUCUCUCUGUGGUCUGGUGCUGCUGGUCGACAACAGGGUCAACUCCUACAGCGGCAUCAAGAGAGACUUUGCGACUGUGGCGAAGGAGUGCACGGACUUCCACUUCCUCUGUCUGGAAGAGCAGCUGGAGGAGGUGCAGCAGGUGGAGCUGUACGCCAGAGCGCAGCGGAGCAGCAAGCAGAAGGAUAAGCCCGAGAUUCAUAGGAAUGGAGGUGACGAUAAGAACAAAAACGUAGAAAGAAAUCCCGCCAACAUCUUACCAGGCGAGUUCUACAUCUCUCGUCACUCCAACCUGUCCGAGGUCCACUCCGUCUUCCACCUGUGUGUGGACGACAACGUCCGCUCAGGGAACAUCACGGCGAGGGACCCGGCCAUCAUGGGAUUGAGGAACAUCCUGAAGGUUUGCUGUACACACGACAUCACCACCGUCACCGUGCCUCUGCUGCUGGUCCACGACAUGUCAGAGGAGAUGACCAUUCCCUGGUGUCUGAAACGAGCCGAGCUGGUCUUCAAAUGUGUCAAAGGCUUCAUGAUGGAGAUGGCCUCUUGGGACGGUGGCAUAUCGCGCACGGUUCAGUUCCUAGUGCCGAAGAGUAUCUCAGAGGAAAUGUUCUACCAGUUGAGCAACAUGCUGCCUCAGAUCUUCCGUGUGUCCUCCACCCUGACUCUCACCUCGAAGCCCUGAUGGACGGCAGAGAUGAACCACACAGGGUCGCUCAGAUAACAGACACUCGUUGGUCUCAACAGCUUUGACCAGUUAUGUUGCUCGUUUGUUCUGGAACGGAUGAUUUGGAACUGACGUGGUGAUUUUUGCAGAACAGCCCAUAAACCCCCCUGCUCACUUUUUAAAAUUACACCAGAUGGGUGAAAAUUGGGGCGGGAUAUUACGAUGCCAUUCCCGCACUUGCAGUCGAGGUGUAAAUGGGAUUUUAAAUUAGAAGAGACAUUUUUAUGCAGUCGAUGAGCCUUGUUAUUUUUUUUAUGCACCUACACACGUUAUGAAUACUUCUAAUUGGAACGAGUGGGACGGGUCUACUGGAAGCCGUGGCUCACCCUCAAAGCAAGCUGCUGCAAUUAUUACUUCAAGCUUCCAGGGUGUGGUUCUGGUGACAGAGUUUUAUGACAUCAGCCCACCAGUGCCGCGAGGAUACCAGUUUCCCUUUAAAGCUGCAAACUGUAACUUCCCUCAUGUUCCAGCUCCACCGUAACGGAGCAGCUGCAGUUGUUUCGGUUGAAGUCGCUCAGUGUAAUGUCGCCAAAGAAGGUAAUGACGUAAAUGUGAAGCAUUGUUUACUAUAGUGAUGAAGAGGAGUCAGGCACUGGCAGUUUGACCUGGAGUUAGCGCCCAUGCUAAAUGUGACGUUUGCAGUAUUAUCCCCUACAUUACCAUAGACACAGGUAUAAAUGGCUUUUGAAAUGGUUCUUUUCUCCUCUUGAUGACCAUUCAUAGCACUUCACAGCACAGUUUUGCCAUUCAACCAUUCAUACAGUGCAUUAAUGUGCAGAACUUUCUAUAUCACACAUCGCUCACAAGCUGCUGGCACAGCCCUCGGAGGCAAUUUGGGGGUUCAGUGUCUUGCCCAAGGAUGCAGGAGACUGGGAUCCGACUGCCAACCCUCUGGUUAGUGUGGUUGGUGAGUGUGAGCGGACGAGCCGCUCUACCCUCACUUUGACUAGAAAGCACGUAUAGAGCUUAUACUUCUGCCAAGGCCCUAUAGUCCCCUUAAAUUCAAUCAGGCUGCAUCCAACUGCAAACACUCAUCUUACACAGUCCCUUAGAUAUGCAGUUUUCAAAAAGCCAUGAGUUAUUCCCUGGGAAACUACUGACAAUGUCAAAAAAUAGAGAGUGAUAAAAAAGUCUUGGGUUUGGCCACGGAUCCAGAGCCGCACUAACAUUUAAUGGGUCCUCCCCUGACUUGUACCACAUUUCAGCCGUCAUAUGUGUUUUGCACUGUAAUCCUGAGGGCAGUUGGCAGAAUGUGUGAGCUGUGGGUCUUCUACAGAGAAGUGAUGUUUACUUGGCUCUUCUCGUCCCAAAGACGAAUGACACUGCUGCUGAAAUGAGCGAUGUGCAGGUGUUUUUCUACUGCAUUGCAGUAACUUGUAGCAAGGAUCAUUCUUUGUGUGUGAGUGUGUGAGAGCACGUGUGGUCCCUCCCCUGUUCCUCUGUCAACAGCAGAUGGCACUGUUCCUAAAGACUGAUGUGUGUGAAAGAGGCGACUUCACUGACACUUACAAGCUUAUUUUGUAUGAGGUAAAGUCCUAAUGAGAUUGAAAAUGAAAUAAAUCUAACAUUAGUGUAAAUUUAUCUUGAGCGAGCUCAGCCUCAGUUGUCCUGUCUCCACUGGUAAAUGUUUAAACACUUGAAUUUACGAUUGUGUGUAUUGUGUAUAUUCACUGUACAGUAUAUGUUUACAUUUUUAUGUCUAUUAAAAAUAGUUGUAUCCAC